CCCACAAUGCAUUGUGUUUUUCAACAUGGCGUCUCACAUAACCGCUUGACUUCUGCCUACAAGACCAAAACAAAGCUAAAAAGGUGAAUAAGUCAGUGUAGCGUGGUUGACUAAUUAUAUUACAGACAGGAUAAUGAAACUGUUGCUGACAGUAUUAAAACGAAUUCACAAACCAGCCGUUUACACCAGGCACCAGCGCCGUCUUAGCUCCCGUGCCAGCAGCGGCCUGUUACCUCUCCAAGAUGAGGCUGUCAUCGUCGGGUCAAGCCCGGAGCUUGUGCAGAGACUCUGCUCACAGGUGGCGGUGAGGACGGUGUUCAUCACUGAGGAAGAGGAGGGGGCUCUUCUACAAGAGCUGGAGCCAGGCCUGAAGAAGAAACGCUACGAAUUCGACCAUUGGGACAAUGCUAUUCACGGGUACCGAGAGACUGAGCGUGCGAGGUGGGGGGCAACGUGUGAGGAGGUCUUGAAUCGUGUUCGAUCUGUAGCGUUUCCUCAGGGUAGUCCACUCCUCGGGCCUGUGCACAUUCUAGAUCUGGACAAGACUGGCUACAUCAAGCCUCACAUUGACAGUGUCAAGUUCUGUGGUAGCACUAUUGCUGGGUUGAGUCUCCUGUCAGACAGUAUCAUGCGCUUGGUGAAGGAGGAUGAUGCCAACGAAUGGCUGGACCUGCUGCUGCCCCGACGCUCCCUCUACAUACUGAGGGACCAGGCCAGAUUUAACUUCACUCACCAGAUCCUGAAAGACGAGGAGUCUGUGUUCAGUGGACAGAGGGUGCCUCGGCUGCGUCGUAUCUCCGUCAUCUGUCGGAACCUUCCUGGCUAACACCCACUUCCACUCAGCUUGGAUAUGAACAGAACAUAACCUGGAUUUAGAGGAUUGUGUCAACGAUCUCAAUUAAGAUAUAAAAGCCGAUAUCCCAAAUAACCAAUGUUUUUGUUUGGUUAAUAUAUUGUUAUUAUAUACAUCUAUGGUGAAGUGUCAUCUUAAAAUAUUUGUAUAUACAUUUGUUGGUUCAACAUUAAAAGGCAGGUUGGGUCCUUUGAUGCUGAA